UCAGUCAGCUGAUAAAACUCGGUUGUUUGUCGACAGCAGCUCGAAUUGCUCGGUCAUCGUCGUGUCUAUGGUUUAAUGGUCCAGCUGCUGCCACAAUGAGGAGUUUCGUCUUGUUCGUUUUCACGGCGUUAGCCCUCGCGACCAGCGACGCUUUGGUCCGAAUUCCCUUAAAGAAAUUCCGUUCCAUCAGAAGGGAGUUGACAGACUCGGGGAGAAGAGCGGAGGAGCUUUUGGCCGACAAACACUCCCUUAAGUACAACUUUGGCUUCCCCUCCAGUAAUGCACCCACUCCAGAAACCCUGAAGAACUACCUUGACGCCCAGUAUUAUGGUGAUAUUACCCUGGGUACCCCUCCUCAAACCUUCAGUGUGGUGUUUGACACGGGUUCCUCCAACCUGUGGGUUCCCUCCGUUCACUGCUCCCUCUUAGACAUUGCUUGCUUGCUGCAUCACAAAUAUAAUUCUGGCAAGUCCAGCACAUAUGUGAAGAACGGCACUUCCUUUUCCAUCCAGUAUGGAUCUGGCAGUUUGUCGGGCUACCUCAGUCAGGACACGUGCACAAUUGGAGACAUAAAAGUGGAGAAGCAGGUUUUCGGAGAAGCCAUCAAGCAGCCUGGCAUCGCCUUCAUCGCAGCAAAGUUUGACGGGAUCCUCGGCAUGGCCUACCCACGCAUCUCUGUGGACGGGGUGGCGCCGGUCUUUGACAACAUCAUGAGCCAGAAGAAGGUGGAGAAGAACGUAUUCUCCUUCUACCUGAACAGGAACCCAGACACUGCGCCCGGCGGUGAGCUGCUGCUGGGAGGAACUGACCCCAAAUACUACACCGGUGACUUCAACUACGUCAACGUCACCCGCCAGGCCUACUGGCAGGUCCACAUGGACCGGAUGGCAGUGGGCACCCAGUUGACCCUGUGUAAGGACGGCUGCGAGGCCAUCGUGGACACCGGGACGUCUCUGAUCACCGGCCCCUCUGCCGAGGUCAAGGCCCUGCAGAAAGCCAUCGGAGCCAUUCCACUCAUACAGGGACAGUACAUGGUGAUGUGUGACAAGGUCCCGUCGCUGCCCGUCAUCACCUUCACCGUGGGCGGACAGAGCUACAGUCUGACCGGAGAGCAGUACGUCCUCAAGGAGAGUCAGGGUGGAAAGACCAUUUGCUUGAGCGGCUUCAUGGGUCUGGACAUCCCCGCCCCCGCCGGGCCCCUGUGGAUUCUGGGAGAUGUAUUCAUCGGCCAGUACUACACCGUGUUUGACCGAGAGAACAACAGAGUGGGCUUUGCUAAGUCCAAGUAAGCACAAAUGGCACUGAAACAAUAUGUUCAAGUGCAAAGCUAAAAGUACGAGUUUCAGGAGAGAAAAAUUCAGAGCUGCACGUUUUCUGUUGCUUUGCAAUCAAAAAGUAUUUAGCAAUAGAUGUUGUGUAGAGCAUAAAUGCACUGAUUUCCAGCAGCGUGCGUGAACAAGACUGGAGAGUUGAUAGGUUGUGUGAUGGGUUCAUAUGAUCAGGGAUGAGUUGAUUGUAUCGGUACUGCCCUUUUCAAACAUGAUCCUUUUUUUUCUUUUUUUUUUUUCUUUUAAAUCAGGGAUUUGUUUAAAACAGAACACUUUUAAUUUGAAUUUUAGGAGGAAGUUGAUCCUCUACUACUGAAUUUGUGAUGUAUCUUAAUGUGAUUGGCCUCAAUAAACACUUUUUAAAAGAUAA